GCUUCUCAGUAUAGCCAGUAAGCAGUAAUUUUUUGUUUACGUUCGAAUCUUUCCUUAUCGUGCGUACUACGUGUUUCGAGUCGAAGUUCAUGAUCGAGCGAGUCUGUAUUUUUCCUGGUUAAAUUCGUCUCGCGUUUUAAACGCUGAAGAAAAUCGAAAAAUGGCGGAUGACAAAAAUGAGGACACAACAGAGGAUAAAUCCAGGGAAAAUAAAGACCAGCCGAAAAUGACAGCUGCAGAAGAACGUACGGAAUAUUUUAAAGAACUAGAGAAAUGGCUAUAUGAAGCAUACGCUUGGCAGAGUGUGGCUGCAAUGUUUCCAUAUUAUUUAAUGUCUGGUCAAAUAGUAAAUCCAGCAUCUGGUGUUCCACCAUUCCUACCUCAAACACCAAACGUAGCAAGUACACAAAGAUUAAUAAUUGGCACAAAUGAUCAACAGAAUGACCCACUAAGACAAAGAAGGGCUCAAGACCCUAUAGGACCUCCAUUCCAACCUCCUGGAGCUGAAGGUCUUGAAUAUCGUAUACCACCAAUAUGGAAACGAUUUGCAGCAGAGUUUAUAGAUUUGACAAUGUUUUUUCUAUUGAAGUUUUCUAUUGUUUUCGUCGCCAUUGAUGUUUUUGAUUUCAUAGAUAUAGAUGAUUUGCGAAUGAACUUGCGAAUUGAUUAUAAAAUGGCUUUAGACAUGACGUACGGAAUGUUAGUGUUGGAAUUGAUUAAUCGUGUGAUAGUGUGCAUCCUCGAGGCAAUCUGGCUACAGUAUGGUGUAAAUGGACGUGUGGGUGGUGCAACACCUGGAAAAUCUAUGAUGGGUUUGCGAGUCAUACAGUGUCGCAACGUCACACCCGUCGAUAGACCUAACGAUCCCGACGUCGUGCUUGUGUCGCCAGGAACAGACUUAGGAUUACCGCUUGCGCUUGGGCGAUCUAUAGUGAAAAAUAUGAUCUUAACAUUUUUAUUCCCCGUAUGUUUUGGUCUAUUUUUCUUUAGAUUUAACAGAACUGUUUACGAUUUACUUUGUGACUCUAUUGUGGUUGAAGACCCUCACAGAAACUUAAAUAAUAACAGACUCCAUCAGCAGUAAAUGUACGUUCCAAAAGAAUCAGAGAAACAUAAAAUAUAUCUAACUUGUAUAUGCUGUAUGUGUGUGAGGGCAAAUGUAAUAUGUACAUAAAUGUAUAAACCAAACAUAGCAACGUCGCGAAGUAUUUUUCUAAGGUGAAAGAUGAUUUGUAUGUGUACUAAUAAUGUAAUAAUGUAAAAGAGUAUGUAAAAUCUUGAAAACAAAUAUUUACAAGCUAUUUAAGGAGGGACACUUGCUUUAAUAUCUGCACAAAGUGUACAGAUUUCAACUACCGCAGUUACUAAUAAAAUAUUUUAUAAUUUAGUCUCAAGAA